AUGCAUUAUUCUGUCUGUCUCGUUCUUACUAGCCUCUAUGCAAGCAUCGCACUUGGCGGUGUUCUCCAGAUUGAAGACUUUUCUGGCGAAUGCGUGGUGUGGUCUCGUGAUAAUCAUGGAUGUACAGGAUAUUCUGCAUCAUUCGGCCAGCUCAAUGGAAGCGAUUGCUCAAUCAUAGAAUUGAGCGAGGUGAUUGAUGGUAGCCGCAAAACAUUUUCUGUGCUCAAUGUUGGAGCCUGCGAUACCGCAUGGAUUCGUGUGAACCAGAAUGACCUUGUUACUUUCUUCAACCAGGCUGGUGACGAGUCCGAAUGUACUCUGAGCGAUGGACUAAAUGUUGGUAGCUGGUGUAGUGCUACUGAUAUUGAGCUUGCAACUUCCACAAGCGCUUCAUCAUCCUCUCCUACCAGCUCUACCAGCUCUACCAGCUCUACCACCGGCUUUGCUACAAGCUCU